CGUUAGCCAAUGGGGCUCCUCCCGCCCGCUGACAUCACCAACUAGCCAGUUCCCUCCAGCUGCAGAGCGCUUCAGUUUCUGUCUUUUUUUAAACUAAAAUGGAGGCUGGUUUCUUGCCUUAAGGAAUACACUGCCUUUCCUGCUGGAGCCUAGAUGUUGACAUGUAACAGAGCUGGCAGCAGGAUGGUGGUUGACGCAGCCAAUUCCAAUGGGCCGUUCCAGCCCGUGGCCCUUUUGCAUAUUAGAGAUGUUCCUCCUGCUGAUCAAGAAAAGCUUUUUAUCCAGAAGUUACGACAGUGUUGUGUACUUUUUGACUUUGUUUCUGAUCCACUAAGUGACCUAAAGUGGAAGGAAGUUAAACGAGCAGCUUUAAGUGAAAUGGUAGAAUAUAUCACACACAAUCGCAAUGUGAUUACAGAACCUAUUUACCCUGAAGUAGUACAUAUGUUUGCAGUUAAUAUGUUUCGAACAUUACCACCAUCUUCCAAUCCAACGGGAGCAGAAUUUGAUCCAGAGGAAGAUGAACCAACCUUAGAAGCUGCAUGGCCUCAUCUACAGCUUGUUUAUGAAUUUUUCUUAAGGUUUUUAGAAUCUCCAGAUUUUCAACCUAAUAUAGCUAAGAAAUAUAUUGAUCAGAAGUUUGUAUUACAGCUUUUAGAGCUCUUUGACAGUGAAGAUCCUCGUGAAAGAGAUUUUCUUAAAACAACUCUUCACAGAAUAUAUGGGAAAUUCUUAGGCUUAAGAGCUUACAUCCGGAAACAAAUUAAUAAUAUAUUUUAUAGGUUUAUUUAUGAAACAGAACAUCACAAUGGCAUAGCAGAAUUACUGGAAAUACUGGGAAGCAUAAUUAAUGGAUUUGCCUUACCUUUAAAAGAAGAGCACAAAAUAUUCCUAUUGAAGGUUUUGUUACCAUUGCACAAAGUGAAAUCACUCAGUGUCUACCAUCCACAGCUGGCAUACUGUGUAGUUCAAUUUUUAGAAAAGGACAGCACGCUUACAGAACCAGUUGUAAUGGCACUGCUGAAAUACUGGCCAAAGACUCACAGUCCAAAAGAAGUCAUGUUUUUAAAUGAACUAGAAGAAAUUUUAGAUGUUAUUGAACCAUCUGAAUUUGUAAAAGUUAUGGAGCCUCUUUUCAGACAGCUAGCCAAAUGUGUGUCCAGUCCACACUUUCAGGUUGCGGAGCGAGCGUUAUACUACUGGAAUAAUGAAUAUAUUAUGAGUUUAAUUAGUGAUAAUGCCGCAAAGAUUUUACCCAUCAUGUUUCCAUCCUUGUACCGGAAUUCAAAGACGCAUUGGAACAAGACAAUACAUGGCUUGAUAUACAAUGCUCUGAAACUCUUCAUGGAGAUGAACCAAAAACUGUUCGAUGACUGCACACAGCAAUUUAAAGCAGAAAAACUGAAAGAGAAGCUAAAAUUGAAGGAAAGGGAAGAAGCAUGGGUUAAAAUAGAAAAUCUAGCCAAAUCAAAUCCCCAGUACCCAACAUAUAGUGACACAAGUUUGCUGAACAGUCCUGUUGCAAUGGAAACAGAUGGGCCUUUAAUUGAAGAUUUGCAGAUGCUGAAAAAGACAGUGAAAGAAGAGGCUUGUCAGGCACAGAAAGAUCAGAAAAAAGAUCGUCCUCUUGUGCGACGCAAGUCAGAACUGCCUCAGGAUAUCUAUACCAUGAAAGCCUUGGAAUCACAUUGCAGAGCUGAUGAAUUAAUAUCACAUGAUGGGCAUUAAACUAUUACAGUGAUAUAUUAUUUUGGAGGAAAAGUUUUUUUCUGGACUCAGUUCUACAGUAGAACUUACUUUUUUGUGCCAUACCAAUCAGUUACACAGGAAGUCAAAGCUUUCUUCAACCCAGUUCUGUAGGCAAUAACUUUAAUAGAGUAUGCAGCUCAAGAUUAGUAGUUCAAACAAUGGUAAAUUACGGAAUUCCGUAUGCAGAAUAUUGGGUCAACUAUAAUCAAGUGGACACAAUUUCCUGGAGGUGUUAUCAUAGUACCAGCUAGCUGAUAACAUGCAGUUUUUAUAAUCACGUUUAAAAAAAGCAUUCUAUACACUCUUUACAUCUAAAAAAGUAAAUGACCAAUAGUUGGUACUAAGGAUAAAUUAAUGUUUUCAAAAUAAAAAUUAUUUCAAAUUUCGGUAUUAAAUUUUUUCUAGGAUUUCUCAACUUUACAGUUGUUUCCACAUUAUUGCUGUCUUGUAAUAUACCAGCAGUUUUGAAAAUACACAGUUAUUCUUUCGUAUUAUAAAACAUGGCUUACAAACUGGUAACUUUCAUGACAAUCCUCAAUCAUUGUUCCUUUCUAAGAAUUGUGUAAAUUUAUUUCUCCUUUACUUAGGAUAAAGUUAUAUAUCUAUAUAUACCAUGUCCUAAUACUUUAUGUAUAUUUAAAGCCAUAUUUUCCAGUCUUCAGUAUAUAAUACGGCACCAGUAUUCCAGAUAUGAACUGGUAGAAGAAUUUUUCCUAAAAUGAAAAUUUGUUUACUACGACUGGGAACAGACUGAAUAUAAAAUUGCAUUUUAAGUUUUUUCAAGUGAAUAAAAUACUCUUUCACUGUUUUCUCCCUUAUCUGAGCUUUUAAUACUCAGCAUUUUUCUUGGGCUCUAGGAGUUCAGUAUUCUGUGGCAGAUGUUAUGCGUGAUUUCAGUUGCAUCAGUUUUUAUCUGAAAGAUGAACUUAACCUUUCAGGAAACUCAACAUCACAAACUUAUUAAAAUAAGAAAAAGAACAGCAGACCCUUGAAUUCCAUUCUGCUUCUUUUUAAAUUAGUCUAAGAGCUGAGGAGAUAGUGACCAUAAUUUUACCAUGAAGAUAUUUUUUGUUGUUGUUGUAAAGAGCACAUGUGCUGCAAAUACACCUCACAAGUGAACUGAAAAUGCAUCUGAGUUGCUGAUGAUCUUCAAAUGCUGCUAUAUAUUCCACAAGAUUACUUGCAUGUAAUGAGCUUUUUGUUGUAGAUGGAAAAGCACGGGAGGAAAAUCUCUUUAAAAAUAUAGUGCUUUGUCUUCAAUAUUUGAUUUCUCUCAGGGUGGCCAGUAUUUUGACUUACUUAUCCUGCUUACAAGCUGUUUGAAAUGUGUUCUGCUAUUCUAAAUGGGUGAUUAGUUUCUUUUGUCUCUGGCAGUAACAUGAUAUAACUUAAUGUUUAAUGUCUUGAUGCAUAAAGAGAUAAAAAUGUGGCUUCUUUAAAAAUAGUUUUGUUUUACUUUUUAAGGAAGUAUAAGGUCUCCUGCAUCCAUUAAAAAACAAAAAUUGCCGCAAAGCAGACAUUCGUAGUAACCUUGUGCAGAUGUAGUACCUGCUGUUUGUUGGUUGCAUUUAACAUUAAAUUUCCAAUAUUUGUUACUUUGUCUAUUGGAAGAAAAUUGUGGGUGGUAAAUAUUGGCUUACAACAACUAAAUCUAAAGACCAACCCGACCUUUAAGUGGAAUGUCCACUGUGUCUGAAAACAUUUCCUGUAAAACUUGAAAAAGAAUACGCUUUACCAUUAGGAUAAACUAUAUUAAAACAGUUUAAAGAUGCCUUCUCCUUUUGAGGGAAAAAGGGUGCUUUUUUAAUUGUGUAAAGCAAUGUCUGUGUAUUUUGAUAUACCAUUGUUUGAACUUCCAUCUUUAGCUGGUAGAUUAUCAGUUACCUUUGAUUUUGGGUGUUCAGUAUGUUUGUGCAAGAGAUUGCUGAAAGGAAUUAUUCUUAUGUUACCCAAGGGAAAAAAAAAAACCAACCACACCUGUAUAUCAAUGUUUGGUUGAUUGUGUGACGCUCAACGUAUAAGAACAUCUUUCACUGUCUAGAUUUUAUUUCUGUUCUUUAUUGAAGAUAAACACUCACCAAAAAGGGAAAUGGUAUUUUUAAAGACUUAAAAGUUCCCCAUAAAUUCGUAUUUGAAGUUUUGGACCACUGAAUAACUAUUUGCUUAGGCAGUAUUCCAAAAUCUGUCACCACUAAUGGUUUAGCAUGUUUAUUAUCAAUAUUUAUAUAAUUCUUAUAAUCCUGUACUGAACCGUUCUAAACCUAAUACAUCCAAGAUAAAAAGAAAAAUUGAAGUAGAAUUUUGGUGACUGUUGUUCUUCAUAAAGUCCUGUGUCUGACACCUUCCCCUGUUUUCCAAAAUUAACCUGUACAUCAGGAAUGUCAAAAGUAAUAUUACAAGUGUCUUUUUAGUGUGGCUUUAGUAUGGCUUCAUUUUAAUAUUGUACAUACAUUGUACCUUGUUUUAUGGUAAUAAGUAAUAAAAAUGUAGACUUCAUAUUUUGUACAGAAUCGUCCUAUGUACAGAAUAAAAAGUUCCUAGAAACAGCAAA